AGAACAAAAGUAGCUAGGGGCGACUUCAAUUGCUUUUGGGCUAAAACAUUGCAUAUGAUCAAAUUGAAUUUAUGAGUGUGGCCAACUGGGGCAAGGCAAGGGUGCAUGCAUGGAACUGUAAUCUGUACAAGUCAAAAGACAAACAACAUUCAAUAUUACAAUAUAGUUUGCCAGUUGCCUGAAGCAUGAAAGACAAAUGGCUUCUCCCCCCUUGCCCAAAACCUGUUUCAUCAUUCACAAACACCUGAAGAAAAGCUGCCCUACUCAGCUCUGUGGCCCAUCCAUUUUGACUGCCUGCCCUGCCUCUUUUUACCUGGCUACUGGGAAUUACUGCAUCUUCUGAUGAGUUUCUGAUACCAUGUUUUUUUAUUUACUAUGCAUGUUUUCACCGCGACAUCAUUUGACCGUCCAAAUUAAUUGAAUAGUAGUAGUAACCUCUUGUUCGAUGAAGAACAUAUCGCGAUUUGCACCGAAUCCCAUCAGAACUCUCCAAAGUCGAACUACUGUUUGUAGAUAAGGAAUGUGAGCAGCUGCAACAAGUCAAAGAUACCCAGCUAUGGCAGAGGGGUUGAUGGUGAUGGACACUAUAUUAUAUUGGCUUGUCAGUCCUAAUGGAAAUGAUGAGCAUAAUAUAUAAUAGGAGAUAGCUGUAACAUUUCAAAAGACAUAUUCCUUCAGCCAGGGUGGAAGCCAAUUCACGACCAGGGAAAAAUGCUUAGCUGGGUGGAUGUAUGCUUCCUGCCUUUAGGUCUACUAUAUCACCAAAGUUAAAGCUCUUACUUUCAGUAUAAGGAACACUACUGCUAUUGGCACUGGGAAGGACAACUAACAUACUGUCUAGGGUGAGGAUAACUUCACUGUAGAUGAUGAUCAUCUACCAGUAUUGUUAUCGUUUUAAUACUUUUUGAACCUGGAUAAAUGAGUACUAGCGCGGAAGCAAAUCCAAUAUGAAAUCGAACAAGAAAAAUAGAGAAUAGAACGAACAAAGAAAAGACACCAAAAUUACAUAGAAAACCCCUCCAAAGCGGAGGGAGAAAAACCACCGGGAUGGACAUGCGAGUAAAUCCACUAUGAUGACGAUCAAAGAAUAAUCUUCAAAGUACAAAGUUGUGGAGUAAGUAGAAAACUCCCAACAUAAAGAAAAGUAUACCUGGUAUUUUAUAAUUUGGAGAAGUUGAAAACUGGUAUGUCUUCAACAACAAAAGACUCCCGAUGUAUAGCCUUGUAAAAUGGCUUAUGAGAUGUGCCAAUAGACAUUAUAAACAACACUCUCAUAAAUCCACGUGAAACCCUACACACAAUUAACUCAAUGUGAUAACUUCCGUAACUUCGCGAGUCUUGGAAUUAGUUUGAGGCAUCAAUACCAACAAGUAUACCAGGAUUGUGUACAGACACCAUAAAGUAUCCAUGUUGUAUGUAAUCCAUAUGCAUCAUUUCAUAUAUUUGGUUACCCUACAGCUUGGAGCAUCUUCGAAUCUCGUUUGAUUAAUAAUAUCGAACAACACACCUUCCUAUAGUCUAGAAGACGCAGUCAUGUUGAUGAUAACGAUAUGAUAAUUUAAUUUAAAAGAUAAAAUAUAACCCGUUAUUUUGGAUUUACCGGAAUAUAUUUUAUUUAAGUGGGAGAAGACAUUUUUCAAUUAAGAUCAAGAUGAUGUAACCAUCUUUAUGUAUGGAAGGGAAGACAAGACGUAGCAUGUUGUAGAUCAGCCAACAAAGUUUGUUUCCAUCACCAUCUGGUCUUAUAGCUUAGUAAGGGAUCUUCAGUUUCUUCGACAUAACAAAGGGCAGUCUUUGUUUAGUUUACUGUAGUUUAUGUGUGCGGAUGUUCCCUAGCUAGCUCUCUCGUCAAUUUUGAUAUAUAGGGGCAGUGGGUCAUUGGGACAAUAAUAUUAAUGGGCGGUGUCCUUAACUAGCUAGCCACAGACAUCUCUUUAGGGUAUAACCACCCUCCAGCCAGACAUAUGUUAUGGACAUGUUUUGGAUCUUAACUUUGGACAUAUGUUAAUUAAUUUGUUCAUGUUGACUUUAAAUAACAAAUUAAAUAUUGGUGGGCCUUUUCGUUAUUGUUAAACCAACUUCGGUUCGGGCACAUAGCUAUAAAAUUACGGAUCCUUUAUUAUAUGUUGAUUGAGCCAUAUUUACCUAUUUGUAUUCAAACGACCUAUUAAUCAAACUGCGACGCAUUGUUGUAGUGCAUUGACACUCAGAGGUAAUGCAUUUUUAAUUGUGGAUGUGGUCAAGCUAAUGUAACGAUGGUGUAUUCUUUCAGGUUUGAGUGUUUGUCUAAUUCUAUGUUCGUGCAUGCGAUAAUAGAACAAAUUUUAUUAAUGAGAUCGAGUGGUGCAGUAUCUCCCUACAAAGCAAACAAACCGUAUACAAGAAUCAAACCCAGCCAGUUUUGUCAAUCAUAAACAUGGCCCAGUUCGGAUCUGCCGUAUGUUACAUUAUGAACUGAUAACUAUUCGGCCCAACAAUAAUAUACAGAGCUGGAUCCACAAUACCCAGUCCUGGCCCAAAACGGAGCUAGCCAUGAAACCAUGAUUUGCUGCACUGAAUGCAGGCUAAAUUAUAAUUAUCCUAUUCAAUCUCCAAUACCAUUGCAUUUAGAUUAGACAGAUUAGGGACGGGUUAGCAUGCUAACCCCUUAAGGGUUGGUUUUUUGAUACCCCUUUUAAUUGGUCAAUUUUUCAUUAAUUAUUGACAAAUAUUAAUGAAAAAAACAUAAUAAAUGUUCUGUUAUUAAAUACAAAGUAAGUAUUAAAUACACCACAUUAAUUACUUGUUUUUUAAAAAAAUCUAAACAUAUACAAAAUACAAUUCUCUCUCUCAUCUUUGAUCUUUCUCACUUCUAUCUCUGAUUCUUCCUUUCCGAGCAGCCUACGACCAUCACACUUCGCCGGUAAAAUCCGCCGACAAACUCUCUCCGGUCACAUGCAAAAAUAUACCACUGCACUGAUAUGUUGUACCACUUUACUGGUAUUUGUACCACUGCACUGAUACUCAGAUAUGACAUUGCUACCAGUGCACUGAUAUCGCUACCAGUGCAGUGGUAUAUCUACCAGUACAGUGGUAUAUUUUUUGGAGGUGGUCGGAGGGAGUCUGCCGAUGGGAUUUUCACCGGAGAAGUGUGGCGGUCGGAGGAAGUCUGGUGGUCGGAGACUGCUGAAAAAGGAAAAAUCAAAUAUAUGUGACGAUUUUCUACCUGUCGUCGAUGAAAGGAUACAGAAAGUCAGAAAGUUGAUCGGGGAAACUCCAGAAGCAAUCCCAGGGGUGAUUUUGCUUAUCAAGAAUGGAAACCCCUGCGGGAAGAAGAACGUUGUGGUGGCGCUCUUCGGCCUUCUAAUGUAUCAGGGAACAACCAGAGAGUGUGGAGAACGGCGUCGUUCCGAUUCUAAUCGAAGUCGUUUCGGUACGGACAAGGAAGAGCUGGUGGCAGAUUCGAUGGCAGUGCUUGCUUCCCUAGCGGAGACGGUGGAAGGGACGAUUGAGAUCGUGAGAUAUUCUAGGUUGGCUGUGGCUAUUAAGGUCUACAAUCGAUGCGGUUCGUGCGUGGCGAGAAAGAGCACUGCAUCUCGAUCUUGUGGUCUCUGUGCAAGAAUGGCGGAGCGGAAGUGGUGUAGGUUUUAAUUUGAAAAAAAAAACAAAUAAUUAAUAUGGUGCAUUUAAUUCUUAAUGUGUAUUUAAUGUGUGUAUUAAAUUAUAUAGUUGUAUUUAAUAUACUAGGGGGUGUCAUUUUUCCAACCCCUAAGGGGGGUUAGCAUGCUAACCGACCCCGACAGAUUAUAGUUAAAAGUGGAUGAGACAGCAGCAUCACUAUUCUCGCCGAAGGGUUGGAAAAAUGAUAUCCAUAUUAAUUAUAUGAUUUUAAGGUAAUUAUUUUGUGUUACAUUUAAUAAUCUGUCUGAAUUAAAAAUUCAUAUUAAUUACUUUCUUUUUUUGCAUUAGUAGUUGUACCAGUACAAUGGUAUCUGUGUACAGGUGCAAUGGUUGUUGUAUCAGUACUGUUGGGGAUGUGACUCGGAUCUCAACACGCCGAAGAAAUACCCAAGGAUGCU